GUUUGUGUGAGUGUGUUAGUGAGAGAGAACCAUGGCGACGCAGCGGUUCACGGCGGCGCUGGUGGCCUGCCUCCUCCUGCUCCUGGCGCUGCCGGCGCGCGGGCGCAACAUCACGGCCAUCCUCGCCGGGUACAAGGAGUACAAGCUAUACAACCAGUACCUGUCGGAGACGAAGGUGUGCGACGAGAUCAACUCGCGGCAGUCGACGUCGAUGUCCGUCCUGGUGCUGUCCAACGACGCCAUGACGACGCUGGCCUCCGACGCCGGCGACUCGCUCCCCGCCAUCAAGAACGCGCUGCGCCUCCACUCGGUGCUCGACUACUACGACCGCAAGAAGGUGAAGAAGUACGGCGACGAGAGCGCCGCCACGCUGUACCAGGCCACGGGCGACGCCGCCAGCACCACGGGGAACGUCAAGGUGGUGGACCAGGAGGACAAGAACUACGGCUUCUCGGCCGCCACGCCGGGCGCCAGGAUCUGCACCGUCACCAAGGAGGUGGAGACGCACCCUUUCAAGUUCGCCAUCCUCGAGGUCACGGCGCCCAUCGAGUUCGACGGCCUCUUCGACACCCCCUCCACCGACAACCUCACCCGCCUCCUGGAGCGCGCCGGCUGCAAGGUCUUCGCGUCGCUGGCCGCCUCCACGGGCGUGCUCAAGACGUACGAGGCCGCCAUGGACAAGGGCCUCACCCUGUUCGCCGUCAACGACGACGCCUUCCAGGCCAAGGACGCGCCCGACGUCAAGGCCAUGUCCAAGGCCAACCUCACCAAGCUCCUCCAGUACCACGCCCUGCCUUCCUACAACACCAAGACCUCGCUCAAGUCCGUCAAGGGCCCGCUCCGCACGCUGGCCGCCAAGGCCGACGUCACGGUGGUCGCCAAGGGCGACGACGUCUCGCUCGACACCGGCAAGAGCAGGUCCCGCGUCGCGUCCACCGUCGUCGACAGCGUCCCGUUCUGCCUGCUCACCAUGGACACCCUCCUGGUGCCGCCGGAGCUCUACGUCGGCGCCCCGGAGGCGGCACCGGCGCCGGCGCCAGCGGACGCGCCACAGGGGUCCCCGCCCGCGGCGGACGCCCCGUCGGUGGCCGCGGACCACGCCGACCACAAGUCCAAGAAGCCGUCGGCGUCGUCCGCCGUCGCGUGGCGACCGGCCGGCGCGCUCGCCGCGGUGGCCGUGUGCUCCGUCGUGCUGGCCUCCCUCUUGUGAUGCAUUGUUGCUUGACAGCUCCUCCGACCUCUGCUUCCUCCGAUCCAAGCAGAUACCCGUUUCUCUGUGAUCUCUCUCCCCCGCUCUGUUCCGGUCCUUGCUUCAUUGAAUCUGUUGGUGCAUUGCCAUUUCCACAUGUAAUUUGAGCAAACAUGUACAUUUCCCCCUUUUUUCAUGAUAGUUUCAGAACACAAUAUUCUAAGCAGCUGCGCCAUUCCAUUUCGCGCAACGGCUUUCUCUCGGAUCCUGAGACCCAUUCAUGUAGUGAAAGGAGAAGUCAAACGAGAAGAACAAAUCUGAAAGCU